AUGAAGUUCCAACUCCUUCCUCUCGUUGCUCUCCUCGCAGCUCAUGCCUACGCGGCAUGCGGCCCUGACGAGACCGAGCUCUUCGACCUACAGGUUACCACUGGCACAAGUCAAUGUUCCAACUUUGGCUGUUUCAAAGCUUGCACUUUCCCCGACGGAAGCGGUUCAUGCAACGGUUGCACACAAUCAGUCUCUAAUGACCACAUUCGACCACUCGGCGGUAGUUACUGCUGCAAAGGACCCCUCACAGGCCAGACCAACACCUGCAUUACUGGUUGCCCCGCAGGAACAAGAAGUUGA